CUGUUUGAAUUAUUUAUGGUUGGAGAACAGUUUUUUAGGUUAGGAUUUUCCAAUUUAUAAUACUGCUAUAAAAUUGCUAUUGUAAUUUGUAAUUUUACCCAAGCCUAAAGAAGUUUGUAUUUUUCAUAAAUUAUGGAUAAUUAAUUUGGGUAUUAAACUUCUUCAAACAUCAAGUGAAUCUUCUCAAUAUUUGAACUUGAAAGCGUGUCUUUUUAUUGACUAUGAGCUUGAUACAAGGAUUAAGAUGUUGCCGCCCACACUCUGUACUUCAGGCAGUGAGAAGCCAGAAAUAUUCCGUUCAAGCUGAUCCAGAGAUAGUAAUUCCCAAAAGAAUUCAUAGAGGUCCUACAGAUAUUCUGAGAGCGCUAGCAAAUACUGUGAAUACGGAUUACACAGCGCCUCAAUACAAAUACCACGAUGACCCUUAUCUGAUACCCAUGUCUAAUUAUGCCAAGCGUAGCUACGCCCUAUCUCAAGAGUCUGGCAAGAAAGCGGCAAAAUGGAUUCUACAGGAACAUGCCGAUCUAUUCCAGCAUAGAGUUGCUGAUCCACCCAUUGAGGUAUUCUAUCCGAAGAAUGUAUAUACUGAAGAAAGUGAAGUGGAGUUGGAAGACCUGAAAAAUGCAAUUGAUCAUAUGGAAGUUUCCGACUCUAUUCUUGUAUUCAAUCUCCUCAAACAGAAAAAUGUUGAUUUACCCAGGGAAGUGCUUCAGGAUCUCCUGGAACUGAUUUGCUUCUACAAUGAGGCAGACAAAGAGGAAGAGAACCUGAUUGAAGAGCGCUGGUACAAACAGGGAAUUGCUGAUCGUAGUACGCAGCGCAAAACAUGGAAGGACAACAACAUAGCCGAGUCAAUAUUCCAAAGCCUGGACCCUCCAGACAGCAAGUCGUAUUCGGCCAUUAUUUCCGGUAUGACCUCCCACGGCCAGCUGGAAGUGGCUUGGAGGUAUUUCGAGCAGGCCAAAUCGCAAGGCGUCACUCUGUCAUCUGGUGUCUACAAUGGACUCAUUCGAAAUGCCAUCUUCGUCAAGGAGGACUGUGAGGCCAGAUGGGCCUUGAUUAUGGAACUGUUGAAAGAGUUGAAUGAUAACAAGGUGCUACCAAAUGUGGGUACUUUGAACUCAGUAAUGGAGGCCCUGGCUGAUAUGGCUAAUUACACUGCUACUCGAGAAAUCGCCCUCAGAGUUAUGGCUGACUUCAAACGCAUCAACAUAAAUCCGUCACUGGCAACAUACUAUCAUCUGUUGAAAUUAUUCUGUCGUGACAAGUCUCGGCCAAAUUCAAUUCUAGCAAACAUUAUAAACGUUCUGGAGCAUCAAGAAUUAUCGAUCGUAGAUGCCAAGGACACAUUCUUCUUCACCCAGGCCAUGGAAAUAUGCUGCAAGCAACUGUCCGAUUUGGAGUUAGCAGAUAGGAUCGAUAGAUUGCUUCACACUGGAAACAACUACAAUCUGAUUGGCGAUUCGAUCAAAGAGUCGAUUUAUUACCGGAACUACUUUCUGUUGAAGUGCGAUCAUGAAACGUUGGAUGACUUCUUCAUAUUCUACGAUAAACUUGUGCCAAACAUUUAUGUACCGGAGCCAUUGGUAACCGAAGUUAUCUUGAAAGCUAUCGAUAUGAACGGAGCAAACCACCUUUACUCGAGAAUUUGGUCGGAUAUAGUUCUAUUCGAUCAGAACGGGAGAGAAAAAAUCAUUAAAUGUGAUCCUGGAAAGUAUGUACAAGAAUCCGUCAGACGAUUUGAAUUGAAAGGCAGCAUGCUGGGCCACAUGAUGUCUGUGUUGUUGAAUGCUGGUCGCUUUGAAAAAUCGUGCGAAAUACUGAAGAAAUUGGACAAGGACCAGCAGACAGUGCUUGGCGUGCCUGACAUCAGGUCUUUGCACAGUUUCAUUGAUGCCAGCCUCGAGAGAAACGAUGCUACUAGAGCUAUGUGGUGUCUUCAGUACUGCUACGAUGCUGGAUUUGAAGAAACAAGCGAAAUUGGUCUGAAAAUUUAUGAGAAGCUGCAACUCUCGGAGAGUCAACUUAGUCGCCUCACCAGUAUUGUUGGAGAGGAUGCAUUACAAAAACAUUAGAACUAGUCUACUUUUAUACAGCCUUAAUCGAAAAUAGACCUUGACAUAAUUUGCUGUUCUUAA